UGCUGUGAAUUAAACACAUUUUGAGAACAACGUGGAUUUUGGUGAAAGUUGAAGAAGUACAAUUUUUAAAUAAAUAUAAAGUAAACUACUGCAAAGGUUGACCUAAAAUAAAUAAAAUUAAUUAAAAAUGGGUCGCCGUGUCCCCGAGGAGAUCAAGGCAAUCCCUCAAUCACAACGGCAAAUAUUAGCAAUUGGCGAAAUAAUCCAAACUUUGCUGACCCAGUCAAACAACAAGUCGAAAGAUAAGCCGAGUGAUGAAACCGUGACCAAAUUGAAGGCAAGGAUAAGUGGAAAGUAUGGAUUGGAAUCGUCUCCUAAACUUACGGACAUUAUCGCCGCUGUUCCAGUCGAGCAUCGGAAAGCUUUAAUGCCAAAGCUGAGGGCGAAACCUGUCAGGACGGCGAGUGGGAUCGCCAUCGUCGCCGUGAUGUGCAAGCCACAUAGAUGUCCACAUAUUAAUAUGACUGGGAAUAUAUGCGUUUAUUGCCCAGGAGGGCCGGAUUCAGAUUUUGAAUAUUCAACCCAGUCAUACACCGGGUACGAGCCUACGUCGAUGAGAGCCAUCAGAGCGAGAUAUAAUCCAUAUUUGCAAACAAGACAUCGAGUGGAUCAGCUAAAGCAAUUGGGUCACAGCGUCGAUAAAGUCGAAUUUAUUGUAAUGGGAGGGACCUUCAUGAGCCUCCCUGUUGAUUAUCGUGACUAUUUCAUCCGCAACCUACACGACGCUCUCUCUGGUCAUACGUCCAACAACGUCAAGGAAGCUGUAUAUUAUUCUGAACGAAGUCGCACCAAAUGCAUCGGGAUUACGAUCGAAACUCGGCCCGACUACUGUCUCAAGCGACACCUUUCAGACAUGUUGGCCUAUGGCUGCACAAGGCUAGAAAUUGGUGUCCAAUCUGUCUAUGAAGACGUGGCCCGUGAUACUAAUCGUGGACACACGGUCCGAGCAGUAUGUGAAAGCUUUCAACUCGCGAAAGAUUGCGGAUUCAAAGUUGUCACUCAUAUGAUGCCAGAUUUGCCUAAUGUUGGACUUGAGAGAGACAUGCUACAGUUUGAGGAACUAUUUGAAAAUCCUAACUUUCGCCCCGACGGGAUGAAAUUAUACCCAACACUUGUAAUCAGAGGAACCGGACUGUAUGAAUUAUGGAAGGCUGGACGUUACAAAUCCUACCCUCCCAACACAUUAGUUGACCUAACGGCACAAAUUUUAUCUCUUGUCCCCCCUUGGACGAGGGUGUACCGUGUCCAGCGUGAUAUUCCGAUGCCACUGGUCACUUCCGGGGUCGAAUAUGGAAAUCUUCGCGAGUUAGCAUUGGCUCGAAUGAAGGAUUUGGGAUUGGAGUGUCGAGACGUGCGAACGAGAGAAGUUGGAAUUCAGGAAAUUCAUAAUAAAAUUCGACCCGAUAAGGUCGAAUUAAUCCGCCGCGAUUACGAAGCGAACGGUGGCUGGGAGACGUUUCUCUCGUACGAAGAUCCCGAUCAGGACAUAUUGAUUGGUUUACUUCGACUAAGAAAAUGCUCCCCAGACACAUUUCGACCAGAACUUAAACCACAAGCUACUUCAAUUGUGCGUGAAUUACACGUUUACGGAUCUGUGGUCCCCGUAACGGCAAAGAAUCCUAAAAACUUUCAACAUCAAGGAUAUGGAACCCUGUUAAUGGAAGAAGCCGAAAAUAUUGCAAAGUUUGAGCAUGGAAGUUGUAAAAUCUCUGUGAUUUCAGGCGUAGGGACGAGAAAUUAUUAUAGAAAGUUGGGUUACGAGUUGGAUGGAGUGUAUAUGAGCAAAACUUUGACUUGAAUUUUGUAUUUUGAAUCGUUAAAUUAAAGUGAUACUGACUAUCCUAAUCUGUUAAA